GUACGCAUGCGCAAGUGGGUGACAAUGACAAGUGUAUAUCAAACAGCCCGGCUUGGGGAGGAAGCUGCUGCAGUAGUGCAUCCAGACUGCCGGGCAGAGCACGGAACCAGAGCUGCAGCACUCGGUGAGAUCUGUAGGUCAGACUUGCCCUUCAAAGCAAGGGGAACCUGUAUCGACUAGAUCAUGUUAUGCAAGUGUAGAUCUUCUACUGCCCGGUGUCAACCAUAGCGCAUGUAGUAUGUACGUGUCAUAGAAUUAAAACUAUAGGACCUUCUCCAGACGCAGCCCUCAGGCUCAUUUUUUUAGUCCACUCAGCAAGGGAAGCAGACUUGUAUUCCCCUAUGAACUACCAGCAGGGUCUCCACUCUCUGUGACCCGAGUAACCAAAGCACAAGAUUACCUCUGGGAGAAGCUGCACACGUAUUUCCCAUUGACGUUUGCGACUUCAAGAUCUGCAACUAGAUCCAGGGGUCCUUACGUACUCAUCUAUGGGGUACCAAUAACCCCAUCAAUCUAGUGGGACAGACUAGGUACCACACACAAAAGGACAUGUAAUUAAGACAUCUAUCUGCUUCAUCGUAAAUACACUUGUCCUGCUCCCCUGUUGCCAGCGCACCUGUCCUCUACCCUUUAUACAAGAACACUUGCUCUGCACAAUUCUUCACAGUAAGCACUUAUUCGUCUGACCUGCUCAGUUACAUAGAUCUCACUUGGUCCUCUCACACACACUAGACCUGGAAGCUCACAGGAGAGUAGCUAGUGGGUGCUGAAGCACAGGUCAACAUGUCUGUCGUUUUCUAUCUGCUGAGCACUCUGGGCGGGUAUGUGAUCACCUCGACUCUGCUCCUUAAAUACCCCAACCUUCUGCAUAAGAGGAAACACCAGAAAUUCCGCUGCAGACACAUCUCCCACCGGGGAGGUGCUGGAGAAAACUUGGAAAAUACAAUGGCUGCUUUCAAACAUGCGAUCGACUUAGGGACUGACAUGCUGGAGCUUGACUGUCAUCUUACAAAAGACGAAGAGGUUGUUGUGUCACAUGAUGGGAACCUGAAAAGGUCAACAGGUGUCAAUGUCAACAUAUCGGAGCUGAGUUACAAAGAACUGCCCCAGUACUUGUGCCAACUGGAUGUUACUUUUGAGAAAGACUGCUGCUGUCAUGGUGGAGAGGACAAACGUAUCCCCCUUCUGAAAGAGGUGUUUGAAGCCUUUCCAAAGACCCCAAUCAACAUAGACAUCAAAGUGAAUAAUGACACUCUAGUUAAAAAGGUUUCUGACCUGGUGAAACAAUACAAGAGAGAAGGUCUGACUGUGUGGGGAAAUGCAGAUUAUGAGAUAGUACAGAAGUGUCACAAGGAGAACUGUGAAAUCCCACUACUUUUUUGUAUUCAACGUGUUCUGCUUCUCGUUGGCCUGUUUUACACUGGACUUCUGCCUUUUGUCCCAAUUCGUGAACAAUUUCUGGAGAUUCCAAUGCCUUCUAUAAUUAUGAAACUUAAGGAUCCAUCUAAAAUGAGUCGAAGUCACAAGACUGUGGUGUGGCUAGCAGAUACAUUAAUAAUGAGAAAAUCUUUGUUUAACCAUCUGUCAGCACGAGGCAUUCAGGUGUAUAUCUGGGUACUAAACAACGAGGAAGAAUACAAAAGGGCAUUUGAACUGGGUGCCACUGGUGUCAUGACAGACUAUCCUACAAAGCUGAAGUGCUUUCUGGAAAAGUACUCGCACUGAACCUCAGCAUCCGUACUUAAAAAAAUAAUAACAAGAUAAAGGACAGGCGCUGUCAUCUGAAUCUUACUGUAAAAUGUCAUCAUACCUCACGCUUGGCAGUGUAAUGAACAUUUAGCAUAUACAUAUGUAUUUAAAUGAGAUCUUGUAUAGUUUACUUUUGUAAAUAGCGUACAAAGAAUCAGGACUAUUACACAGUACUGUAUAUUCAGGAAAAACAAUUUUCAUAUUGACCGAUUGGAAUGGCAUGGAUGCAGUAUUUUAAUUAUCUUUAAAAUCAGAUUCUAUGUUUCCUUUUGGUUACAGAAACUAAGACGUUCACCCCCUACACUGUACUCUCAUCCUCACUGGUAGAGGAUAGGUGUCUGUUACGGGCAGAAAUUGGUUGGUUUAUUGUUUUUUAUUUUAUGGUCUUUAUUUAAAUACUGAGAAAACACUCCUAAGACAACUAUUGAAAUAACCAGAGAUGGCUCAAGACAUUGUACUCACUGGGUCUAAGAAUGAAACACCUCCAGCUCAUCAACCUCUACAUUCUAAAUACAAGCAUAAUAGUAACUUUAUUAUGCUGCAUUCACAGCUUUUAAGGCUUUGCAGAGUUGUGAGACUGCUGCCACAAAUUUAAGAAGCAGAAACUGCUUCUUUUGCCUCUUUACCACCUCAAAAAUGGCGGGAACAAUUACCUGGAAUAACCUCAUUCAGGGUGAUUGACAUGCCCUGCUCUCACUCAGCUAAUUGCACAAGAGUAGGGGUGGCACUGCACAAGAAAGCUCUUGUGCAAUGUUACAUUUUGUAGUGGCGAUUGCAGACAGACAAGUUCCCUACUUGCAAACCUAUCCGCCUACAAUCAUGAUAAAUUUUGCCCAUUGUUAACUGUUUGACAGGUUAAAGUUCAGCAGAAUUUUCACACGUGAGCAUGCUGAUAACCUAUAAGAGAGUUUAUUCUCUUAAAAAACAUUAGAUAUAUGCUACCUAUGUAGGUGCCAUGGUCCCACCUGGUCCACUUAUAGAGCUACCCCUGAUAUUAACCAGUUAUUGCUGAAGCAAAAAAAUCAUUGCUGUUUUAUGCAAUGCACUCCUUUUUUUUCCUUGGAUAGGAAAUAAUGAUUUUAUAGAAAUUUAAAAUAUACAGUAUAUGGGAAAUUUUAUAUAUCUAACACACUAACAGAAAGGUGUAUUUCUUCAGUUCCGCAGGAAUCUUUCACCAGGGAUGUUAAAGAAAUAAAAUGAUUAAUAUGCUAUGUUUUUAUCCCUUUUAGGAGGACACCAUUUAUAAUUCAUUUUUAUAAUUAGGUAAAACUUAGAUCCCUGUUUUUAUUACUUUAUAGAAAGACAACAAAAAAAUAAAUACUGGUCAGAGAGAGGCCAGCGCCCUUGGCUAAUGGUGCCUCAUAUUACUUUUUGGUGUUGUUCCUUCUCUGUGUAGUAAUGUUGUCACUUUGUUGACCUAAAAUAAAUCUUACAUAAGAAGUAUAUAAAGCUCUCCAGGUGCACCAAUGCAAAGAAUGGAAGAUUAAAUAGAUUGCAUCGCAUGUUGCCCCUUCUAGACAGCUGCUCAGUAUCCAUAUGGCUAAAUCAGGCCCUGGAGAGAAUGUAUGUUUGUGUGUGGAAACAAUACACAAUGUAUAGCUAUACAAACUGUCACACAUUAACUAACCAGCCAUUUUGAGGUUCAUUUAUUGAUAACGGGUUCUGUACAGGCUGGUAUCAUAUUUACCAGCCAUGUUUAAACUCAAUACAUGAGGGUUGUUUACAGUCUGUGAUUUUAUAGUCUGUGUAUGUGGCGUAAUCAAAGUAACAAUCUGAUGCAUUCAUCUAGUAAAGCUCAGAUCCAGAAUUCAUGGCCUACUCAUGGACCUUAAAGCCUAUACUGGUGCACUAUGGUUAAUAACAAUUCAACCUUAAAAGUAUGGUAUAUUUAUAAUUCCUUUAUUAUUACUUAGAAACUUUCUCUUAACUCAUAGUUCAUCUAUAUGGACAAGAAGGAUGGGCCCCUGAAUUGAUGUAUCAAAAAUAGUUAUUUAUGACACAUCAGGCAAAAUGUAAUAUUGCAUACGCCAGUAGACCACUCCAUACAUUGCAGCGCACCUGGAUGAUGAUAAAAGCUGUCUGUGGAAUAUACUGAACGAGAGUUCCUGUAUCUAUUAUGUAUAAUCAUGUAGGUUUUUCAUGACGUUUACAUUUUUAUGGCUAUGAGGAAUACAUCAUCCCUCCCAUACAUGCCAUGUAACACACAGUGCAUGUAUCCAGCAAGGCUGAACCUCUGUACUAUGUAUAAGACACACUCAUCUUUCAAUUCCCAGAUUUACUGAUGGAAAGUCAUCUGUAGCACCAUUAAUUCCACUUAUUUGUAAUAAAGCAAGUUUAAUACAAACCUAUGUAAUGAUCCUGUGUUUAAGGACAAGUCUGACAUAAGGUUACACUUAAAAGCCAUUCAAAAAUAAAUACUGGGAAACAAGUGCAACAUCAUUUCAAUCUACCGGCCUGGCCUGCAAAACUUUUUAAACUGUAUUACUCUGUAUCAUAUAAAGCGUUAGAAAACAUGACCUAAUAAACUUUUUAUACAUACUGAA